AGUUUCCACACCCGCUUCGCGUUCAUUCUGCAGCCCGCCGUUCUACUUACUCUCUCGGCCGGCGCCACUUCCUUUAGCUCUUUUCAUCGCCACACGCGUCUUAGUCUCCAGAAUUUGCUCUCCGUCGCCUUCUCUGGCCGUAACUCUAGUACUGCAAUUCUCUCUUCCAGCUGCUAAGACACGCUCGAUCUAAGGAGGAAUAAGAUAAUAAUAAAAGACCUGACGAUGAACAGUAACGGUUCGCCGGCGCACUCCUCAGUCUCCACUACGGCCGUCGUUGGCGGCGGCGGGAGCAGUAGCAGCGCUUUGGAAGAUUUCCACUUCCCAUCUGAUCUCAUCUCCAUUCAGGAUCGCAAAGACGAGGCAAUGCUUGCUCUGAAAGCUGAUUUAGCAGCUUCACUUAACAAGGUGGUUAGCUCAUUGGAUGAAGAUAACUGGAAAUUUGAAGGACCUCGUUCGCGUAUAAACCUUGUAUCUAGACCAGGUUCGACUCUUCCAUUCCACUUUGCCUUCUAUUGAUUGAUUGCUUACUCAUUGUGUGAUUUAGGCGGAGGGGAUAUUAGUGAUGUCGUAUUGGCAGCAAGACAUUUAGGGUUAGGAAUAGGCUGGCUGUUCAGUUGAUCUUAAAAUGGACACUCGUUUUGCGUUAUGAAAAGUUACGGGAAUUCCAGGUGGGUUUCUGAACAAGAAGAUCGAAGCAACGAAGAAGUAGGAACUUCUGGGCUGGGAGAGUGACUCGGAAAGUCUACCCAGAAAGGUGGCUUUCUGGGGGGAACUUUUAUACCUCUUCUGUUAGCAUUCGAUUGCAUCUCAGAUAUGCCGUUUUCUAAUAAAUGAACAUUACAGCAUGAGAUGCUUGGCUUGCUUCUGGUUGAAGGGAUUAUGCGACGUGUGCCUUGUACUCAAAUCACCCGAUUAUAUGUUUAUGGAUAUGGUUGAACUUGUCUCAAACACAUUAUAGGUGCUGCUGCCAUGGUUAUAUAUGAUGCGACCAACUCACACCAUUAUUAUGUUCAGUGUCAUUUGGCCUUUGAUAAACGGCUGCAAAGUUCUUCACUUGUAAAAACAAAUAAUCAGCAAGUUGAAAGCAAAUUCUUUAGUUCAAAUCUUUCGAGUAAAAAAGAAAGUAGGUUUCCGGAUUAUUCAGA